GUAGUGACAAUAUAUAGUUGUGACUGAAAGAAGAACACCGGAACCUCAACUGCGCAACACAGUUCCUAGACGGACAUCCAGCGACACACUUUAAAAUGGCAGCUAACAUCGAGCAAAUCUUCCAAGAUUUUAUUUGGAAUAAAAUCCGAGAAUUUGAACACCAGAAUGUGGACACAACCUGUGCUGCACAUGCUGAUUCAUGUAGUGAAAUGGUCUCAGGAGACGAAAAGAUUGAUGGCAGGAGUUCACAGAAGAAACACAAGAAACACAAAAAACAUAAAAGUAAGAAGAAGAAAAAGAACAGAGAGGAGGAAAAAGAGAGCAGGUUAAAUCCUAUGGAAAGAUUGGACGCACAAACACAAUCUCCCUCCAGAAUAAGAUCCUCAACAGUCACUGAGCAGCAGGAUGAUGAUAGUAGCUCCAGAAGUCACAAGCACAAAACAGGACGGAGGAGGAAGAAGAAGAGGCACAAACAUGAGGGACGAGAAAACUCCUCUGAUUUUGACACAAAGGAACGAGAGACUAAAACUGAUGAACGUUUAUUGUCAAAGCAACAUGAGCAGCUGCCUGAUAUCAUUCCAAAACAGGACAGUUCCAUUAAACAAAAAACAGAUGACAAUAGGUGGAGCCAGUCCCGUUCACAUUCUAACUGUUCACAUUCCGGUUUAGAGUGGUGGACCUCUCGACCUUGCAGGUCCUUAGACAGCAGAAAUAGUUUGGACCCGUCUACAGAGUUUAAAAAAAAUAUCUCAAAAGAUAGCCAGCAUCUGUCGCACAGUCCUAAAGGUGGAAACAAAGCAGAACUGCAGAGACUGGACCACAGUCACCAGCCAGCAGGGACAACAAGAGAAAGUUCAUGUUGGAAUGAUUGUCCUGCAUCUGGGUCCCUUCCAAGCCCAUCUGUUGAGUUGCAAGGUAUUGGUGAGUACAUUGUCCCACAGCUAAAAGGCUCAGAGUACGUCUCAGCCCCUGAGAGAAAAUCCCCUGCAACGAUGAAGCUUAAUACCACCACGACACUAAGGAGUAAAGAAGGAAAAUCAGUGACCAGGCAGAAAAAAUCUAGGUCCCCUUCAAGGACCCUCAGGAAGAGGGCUAGAUCCAGAAGCUCCCCAAGGAGAAAGAGUUAUCGGUCAAGGUCCAGAAGCCGACAGUCACGGAGGUCAUGUUGUACGUCACGAGAUGGGGGAUGGCAGGCUACCUACAGCCAGAGGGACCGCUGGAAACGAGAGCCAAGCCACUCGCCUGUGCUUAUCCUGCGCAAAAAAAGGCCCCCCACUAGCAAACAUCGCACAGCUGCCAGCAGCCCUCAAAAAAUCAGUGACCUAGGAAAGGAGCAGCUGUUGGAAAUUGCAAAGGCCAAUGCAGCUGCCAUGUGUGCCAAAGCAGGUAUGUCCAUCCCCUCCAGCCUUAGGACCUCAAUGCUGCCGUUGGCAUUGCCAAACAUGGCGAUGAAUGCUGCUAUGGCCAGUAUGACAGCAGCCACCAUGACCGCUGCCUUGUCCAACAUUGGUACCCUGUCCUCACUAUUGCCGCUGCAAACCAUUAUCAACAAACCUGGUGCAAACCUUGCUCAGCCCAUAAAUGCUGCUUUUGAGGAAGUGAAAAAGAAAGUAGUGAAGCAUGCUAACAGCAUCAGCAUUAAAGAGUUCACUGAUAAGUGCAAGAUGAUUGUGGACAGCAAAGGCGAGCUGCCGGAAGCAUUACCGCACGUGUUGGUGGAGGAGGAUGACGGGAAACCAUGUGGGGGAUUGCUUCUGCGUGAACAUAAAGCGAUCAGCUUCAACAUUAACAAUACCACAGUACGACCAGCCGCUGCAGGCAUGGCAAAAGAAUUUCCAGUGUCUUCAGGAUCUCAACACCGUAAAAAGGAGAGCAAGGCACUAAAUGUCUAUGGAGAUUGGGUCCCAGUGGACAAAACAUCAGUGGAGGCAAAAGCUGCCAUCCCCAUGGCGACAGUGAGCACCAGUGAAACUCUGAACUCUCUAACAUUGCCUGGACAGUCUGAAGCACUGGCAGCGAAUCACGACAGUGUUUUCCCUGACCCACCGCCACAGCCUGUUGACAUCUCUCAGGCUGUGAGUGAGAGAAUCAAGGCUCAGAGGCGCUUAACCGAGAACCCCCUUGAUGUCAGUGCCAUCUGCAUGCUUACCCGAGCCCAAGAGCAGGUGGAUUUGUGGGCGCAGUCCAACACCAUUCCUGGUCUAUUCACUGGCUCCACUGGAGCCCAGGUCCUCACUACGGAGGAACUGUCUAACAGCGGACCACAGGCUUGGCUGAAAAAGGACCAAUUCCUCAAAGCUGCACCGGUAUCAGGCGGCGUCGGCGAGUUUCUUAUGAGAAAGAUGGGUUGGAAGACAGGAGAAGGCCUUGGGAGGAACCGCGAAGGCACUGUGGAGCCAAUCAUUAUUGACUUCAAGGUGGACCGCAAAGGUCUGCUUGCCGAAGGGGAAAAGCCACAGAAACCAACAGGGGGAAUGGUGGUAACCAAGGACCUCAUGGGCAAGCACCCGGUGUCUGCUCUUAUAGAGUUGUGCACUAAGAAACGGAUGAUACAGCCUGACUUCAUCAUGGUUCAUCACAGUGGCCCGGACCACCGCAAGAAUUUCCUCUUCAAGGUCACAGUGAAUGGUGUGGACUACCAGCCCCAGACAGCAAGCCCAAACAAGAAACAUGCCAAGGCAAUGGCAGCAACCGUGGCACUGCAGGCUCUUGGAGAGGUUCCUGUUGAUGGACCAGGGCUUUACACAGGCCCUGUCUUCACUGCCGCUUCCACUGGACCCCUAUUCUCCACGUAGACAUACAAUAGUCACACUGUCUUAGUUUUUGUGACAUUUUUAUAUCCGGUCUCAUCAUUUUUAAUUUAUUUCUAUGGACCCAGAUUAACAGUAAUAAAUACAAGGGUGCUGUGCUACUUCUGGGAGAUUUUUUAAAUUAAACCCCAAUUAAUAUUAUUAAAAUAAAACCAUUAAAGGCUAGUUGUAGUACAACCAACACAUUCUUACUCCUAAAGAUGUUUCUCAUAUAGUGAGCACUCAAAUAAAAAAAUAUAUUUAUGUCACAAUACAUACAAAUCCUAGUGAUUUUACCUAAAACCAAUGCCGUUACUGUAAUAGACGUUUUCUAGUGUAUCCUCAGUCGAUCUGGCAGAGGUGCUAUGAGUGGCCACUAGCCACCGGCAGUGAGGCACAGACAGAGGUAGACCCAAUCUCAACGAUCACCAUCCUUUUGGAUCCCAAGAUCCCUGGUCUCAGCCAUGAACCAAUGCAAGAUCUAACCCUAUGCCAAACAUACACUGUUACAGUUUCCGUGCCAUUGUCUAGUCUAAGACGGACGCGUAACAAAGAAUGCAAGCUAUGGACUUACAUGUUAUUGACUUAAUGAACAGUUUAUUUAACACAAGAUAUAACAGAAGAUUCAUAAUACAAAUUAUAUAGUCGCUAUUACGGCGAGUCCUGGCAGCAUACAUCGGUGUGCGGUGAUCAGCUGUGUUGGCAAAUGGCGAUUGUCCAGAGUGAGCAAGCAAGAAAGAGAGAGAGCAUCCGGCUCCACCUCUGGGCUUUAUCUCCCUGGCGUCAGUCUGCUAUUCAAUCAUAAACUAGAAAGGGAAAAAUAGUUCGUAAAAUAACACAAGUUUAUUGCACUUAACACCCCUACCCCCAGAUUGUGAAUGGUGGAGAAAAAAGAGCUUGUGUGGUCAAAAGUGGACACAUAAAGUGAGGUCCACUGUGGCAGCAAAUACUUUUUUAACAAAGUAUCUAGUAGCUCAGUGCAAUAACUUAUCUUUUGAAACUGCAAUUUUAAACAGAUUGGCGAGUCUUGUAUCACACUUCUGUUCAUAAAUAAAAUGUUUACGAGACAUUCUCAGAAAAAA